AUGGUACUAACACAAGCAGAAAAUAUCGAUCCAUUCGAUGAUACCGAUGACAAUGUAGAUACAUUGAGAGAACAGACAGCGGGCUUAUCAUCUUUCGCAUUAGAAGAAGGCAUGUCGGGGCCCUUCUUAUCGGAUCAUCACUUGUCUGAACAUGGUACUUCACAUCAGUCCCAUACAAUAAGGGAUGAAAUGGCACGGUUCGAACGUAAAUCUGAUAUUAACAAACUGAGUAGAUCCGACGGCGAUGCCUCUUCUGUUAAAGAUAGAAUCCAGUCUUCUUCGGAUGAGCCUAGCUCCAGCCAGUAUUUGAGUGGAGCAAUAGCUCUUGAAGAUACGCCUUUAUUGCCAAAUCAGGAAUCAUAUUCAAUUGCAUCAUCAACACCAAUAUCACUCAAGCCAGGAGAUGAUAACUCCAAUAAUAAUAAUUCUCUCCAUACCGAGCCUAGUAGGACCGCUGAAACCAGCGCCAGUAGUUAUCAUACCUUUGAAGAUACUCAUCAUCUACGUCAGAAGUUGUCAUUCAAGGAGAAAAUGGAAGCAUGGUCAAAAUUGAAUUUUAAAAAGGAAACGAUAAUCGAUGAAUUAAUAAAGAAACCAAUUAGUUACAUACCCCCUGUUAUUUUGGGAACGUUGCUGAAUGUACUCGAUGGUCUCUCGUAUGGUAUGAUAUUGUUUCCAUUGGCAACCCCUAUAUUUAGUCAUCUUGGCCCAGCAGGGUUGUCAAUGUUUUAUGUGAGUUGUAUUGUUUCACAAUUAAUUUAUUCGUUAGGAGGGAGUCAAUUCAAGGCUGGUGUUGGUUCAGAGAUGAUUGAGGUGGUCCCUUUUUUCCACACAAUGGCAUAUUCAAUUAUGGACGAGGUGGGUCCAGAGAACCCACAAGCCGUCAUUGCUACGACCAUUCUUGCAUUUGCCAUCUCAUCAAUGAUCACAGGGAUAGUGUUCUUUCUAUUAGGUUAUUUUGGACUGGGAUCAUUGGUUGGUUUUUUUCCUCGACAUAUUUUAGUUGGGUGCGUGGGUGGUGUUGGGUAUUUUUUGGUUGUCACUGGAAUUGAAGUCUCUUCAAGUCUUGGUGGAUCUCUUGAAUACAAUUGGACUGUGUUGAGCCAUCUUUUUCAGACAGGGGUACUGAUAAGAUGGCUGACUCCAGUACUACUGGCCAUAUUACUGAUGAUUAUGGAGCGCACAUUCCACAACCCUUUAAUCCUACCGACCUAUUUUACUGCUAUAUUUGGUUUCUUCCACCUGUUUGUCUGGCUUGUUCCGUCUUGGAGCUUAGAACUUGCACGGGAGAAUGGAUGGAUUUUUCAAGCUCCAUCUGUUAAUGAACCUUGGUGGAGCUUCUACAAGCUCUACGAUUUCCAACAAACUAGCUAUGGCUCAUUGUUGCAUGUUAUUCCUGCCAUGUUAGCAUUGACAUUUUUUGGUCUAUUACACGUUCCUAUAAAUGUCCCUGCGCUAGCUGUAGCAACCAAAUCAGAUGAUAUCAACGUUGAUCGGGAACUCAUAGCGCACGGAAUGUCUAACUUUGUUUCUGGGCUCUGUGGUAGUAUUCAAAAUUACCUUGUUUACACAAACAGUUUGUUUUUUAUCCGAAGUGGAGCUGAUAGUAGAGUUGCUGGUGUUAUGCUAGCUUUGGCGACCGUGGUAGUUAUGGUAUCGGGUCCAGUUCUAAUUGGGUAUAUUCCAAUCAUGUUGGUUGGUGCUUUGAUAUUUCUCCUGGGGUUCGAGCUCCUGAUUGAGGCACUAUACGACACUUGGGGUAGACUUAAUAGAUUUGAAUAUUUUACCAUUGUCACUAUCGUACUUACCAUGGGGGUUUGGGAUUUUGUGUAUGGUAUCUUAAUUGGUAUCGUUCUAGCAUGUGUUUCUUUUGUGAUACAGGCAUCGCAGACUAGCUCAGUAAAAGGCUCAUUUACGGGUGUGGUUGCUCGAUCUACUGUCCGCCGUCAUUUUAUGCAACAAAAAUUUCUUAGCGAGGUGGGUGAUCAAAUCUAUGUUUUGAAGUUAUCGGGAUAUAUAUUUUUUGGUACAGUUGUUAAAGUUGAACAGGCCGUGCGAGACUUACUCGAUGAGCGCCGCUUUACCCAGCAGCCUAUUAGAUAUCUUAUCAUCGACAUUGGCGCUGUUACUGAUAUAGAUUUUUCUGCUUCUGAGGCCUUUGCGAGAAUGAAACGACUACUGGACUCUAAAGGUGUUUUCAUGCUACUCUCAGGUGCCACAGAAGAUGUGAGCGUUGUCAGGGGUCUUAAAGCUAUUAAAUUGCUUACAGUUUCUGAUAGUGACUCAGAGCGGCCGGCAAAAUUAUUUCCGCGUCUUAAUAUGGCUUUGGAAUGGUGUGAAAAUGAAUUUCUAAGCGGCUACUAUAGCCAUCGCGAACGGUAUAAUUCAGAGGAUACUAUUGCAAGUGCUGGCAGAGGCUCUCCUCGUCCUAUCUAUUCUGCUGCUGAUAAGGGUACCAAGCACAAUGUGUCUCAUUUACAAAUCCCGGACCAUCAGAAAAGUAUCAUUAACAAUGACAUUCGAUAUGGCAUCUCACCGCGAGCCAUUUCGUUCAGGAAAGCUGUAGAAAACGCAGCCAAAGAAGAUUUGAAGGUUGUUACAAAGUGGAAGCAGCUACAACAACCUUUGCCCAUUAUGAUGCAAAUAUUUCAAGGUGUCUCUGAUAAGGGAGAGGAUUUUUGGGCUGAACUUCUUCCGUACUUCAAACGAGAGCAGCCUGCAAAGGGAACGGUGCUGUAUACCUCUGGAAAUGAGGCAACUGGCUUCUAUCUCGUAGAGUCAGGCAUAUUAAGAGCAGAUUACGAUCUUGAGCAGGGAAAGCUGUAUGAGAGUAUCCUUGCUGGAACAACAUGUGGUGAACUUCCCUUUUUUUCUGAAACUCGAAGGACAGCAACUGUGGUCGCCGAAACUAACGCAGUGGUGUGGAAGCUGGAUAGAGAAAGUUGGGAGAAACUCAAAAAUUCAAAACCGAAUGGGCUCGAACUAGCUAAUGAGCUUCUAGAGAUUGCAUUGCGGCUUACUGUAGAACGAUUCACAUCUAUCACGGCAUAUGUGAUGAUCUCCUCAUAA